AUGGCUAAAUCAAUACGUGCAUCGUCGCAUUUGCAUGCCAAAUCCAUCAAACGUCAUAAUGUUUUCCAGAAGGUAGCUGAUGCCAGAGCUGAAAGAAUAUCAGAAAAGCUCAAAAGAGACCUGAUGGAGCAAAAAAUGAAGGAGUUGGAGAAGAAAUCUAAUGGUAAUGCAAUGGAAGUGGAAGCCAAAGCUAGCGAAGAAAUUUCUAAACCGAAUAAAAAGAUUAGCACAUCGGGUUGGAGAAAUGCUCGACAUCACGAUUAUAAGAAAGCCAAGAAAAUGAAAAAGACAAAGAAGAAUGCUUUCACAAAAUUUUAA